AUGCCGGGUGUCUUUCCAGCCGCUUCCUGUCCACCUCUCUACCUGCCCCGCCCAACCCAAUGCGAACAUGCCACGCCUUCAUUCCUCCCAGCCACCAAGACUACCUUCGCUUUCUCCUCGCUUGCCGUCCUUCAAUCCAAGUCAAUCUGCUUCCUUGAUUUCUAUCCGUCUACUGCGAGCAAGGCCAGUCGCAAAGGCAAAGACGAUAAACCGCCCCCCGCGACUGGACCUGGCAGUAAAAUUGUAGCCCUUCCGGUACUUUUGAAAAAACACAUAAAGAUUUUAGACGCCGAAACGGUCAACAUCCAGUAUGACACGUUCAACGUCAAAUCCUUACCUGUGGAAAUUUAUUCAAACGAAGAAAUCGCAGAGAAAACCGUAAAAUUGCUGAUCGCUAACAACAGGUUGAAGCGCAUGCCGAAAACUGUAGCCAAUCUACGACUUUUGAACACGCUGGACAUUCGAAACAACAACCUAACAAGUUUUCCGACCAGUAUAGCGAAAAUGGCCUGCUUGGUCAAUUUAGAUUUGACCAACAAUAACCUGAAAAAGCUGCCCCGAACCAUUCACCGGUGUCCGUCAUUGAGCGUCUUGCAUGUUUCGAACAAUCGUUUGAGCUCAUUACCAAAGAAAUUCGGUAAGAGUCCGUCGCUGACGUAUGUCAACCUUUCGCACAAUUUGAUCCGUUCGUUUCUGAAGAAUAUUUACGAGAUGAAUGCCGAGCUGAAUCUUUCGCACAACCGCUUAAAGGCUCUGCCCAGUGCAAAUGUUAAAAAGCCGCGGAUUAAAGAGUUGGACGUCUCGUAUAAUAUGCUGGAAAGUAUCCCAGAGACAAUUAAUAAAUUGACCCGAUUGGUUCGACUUGACGUGUCCAAUAAUAAUGUAACUGAUAUUCCCAAGGAACUCGGCUCCCUUAAUUACAUCGAAAACAUUAAUCUUUCUAACAACAAACUGAAUUCUCUGCCACAAGAACUAUGUAAGAUAGCUACAGCUCUCAGGGUCUUGAAUUUAUCUGGAAACCAAAUCCGUUACUUACCAGAAGAAAUCGAACGUUUUCGUAAUCUGGAGACUUUAGAUAUUUCUAAUAACAAAAUCGAAUUUAUGCCUGAGGGGACGAAAUACUUAUCGUGCUGCCAACAUAUCGAUGUGUCGAAUAAUGAACUGACGUCUGUGAAGUUUGCAGUGUCCCUUGAAAGUUUAAGUGAGCUCAACAUCGCUCACAACCACAUCGAGGUGCUCCCGGACGAUAUGAAAGCGAUGCGUGCCCUGAAAUCACUGAAUCUUUCUUUUAAUCGACUCAAGGAGAUUCCGGACGCUAUUGGUGAUCUCGUUUCCUUGAAAGCCCUAAACGUAGCCGGCAACGCGAUCACCACCCUGACGCCGACUCUGGGUGAAAAUCAAGUUCUGAGUUCUCUAGACAUCUCCCAGAAUUCCAUAUCGGACUUGCCAAAGGAUCUGCGUAAGUUCCGCAACCUGGAACUCUUCCACAUCUCUCACAAUCAGAUCCGAUCCGUUCCGAAAUCGAUCGAGUCUCUGUAUCAGUUGCAAUCGCUGGACGUGUCCGGCAACGAGAUAACUGACGUCCCUUUACCAAAGACAGUCCGGAAGCUGUAUAUAUCAGACAACCCCUUUGAUAUAGAUCAAAGUGAUGCAACCACGACUUUGAACCUGAUUGGACACAAGGAUCACGUGAUCCAGCUGACAACCUUAGAGUUGGCCGGCUUGAAGUUGAAAACCAUCCCGAGUAGCACAUUUAAACUGCGGCUGCUUACCUCUUUAAACCUAUCCAAAAAUAAUAUUGUAACUGUACCAGAUCUCUUUAAUAAAUUACGGGUUUUAGUGUCGUUAAAUUUGAGUGAGAACUCGAUUGAGGCUUUGCCUCCAUCAUUUGAAAGUCUCUGUCAUUUAGAACAUUUAGAUGUUAGCUCGAACAAACUGUCCGACUUCCUUCCCGAACUGACGAAUCUGAUCCAUCUACAAACGUUGGACAUGUCCGGAAAUCAGAUCUCUCAUUUACCAGAUCAUUUCGGUAGUCUGAACAAACUCUUGAGGCUUGAUCUUUCUCGCAACGAACUGCUCAGUUUUCCCUCCGAUCGCGUUGACGUGUUUGCCUCGCUUCUUUUCCUUGACCUGGCUCACAAUCAUAUCGACUCGAUUCCUACAGAGUUCGCUUACCUCUACCGAAUCAAAGUCCUUGUUUUAAAGGGAAAUGACCUGGAAUCACUUCCGUCGCAGAUAGACAAGAUGGCGUCUCUGGAACAACUGGAUGUGUCGGACAAUAUCAUUUCCAGCUUGCCGGAGAAUAUCUGUAAACUCCCUAGUGUAAAGGAGCUGAAGCUUUCGGAUAACAAAAUUACGCAGGGAUUCCCGAAGAAUUUUGAGCGUCUCCGGCAAAAUGCCCAGGUGGAGUUUGACGAACAAUCGUCUUUUAAGACUCGAGUCCCUCGGGAUCGUCCAGUAAAAGUUGCCCCUGCAGUUAGCGGAGCGGCAAAGAAAAAGGACAAAAGCGAAUCUCAUACUGUCUUGCAUCUUUCUCUCGCCUUCUCAUUUUUACUUCUCUCUUUUCUCCUCUUCUCUUUUUUUCUUUUCUUCUUUAUAUUUUCCUCUUUCAUUCCCCUUCAUCCCUUAUUUUGUAGUUAA